AUGAGAAGCAUUUUUAAUCCAUUAGUAGAUAACGUUUUGGCCUCACUUGUGAAGAGACCAACUGCGUUAAAGGAACACCGAAAAGUGUGCGUAUUUUUGAGUUAUGUUGAUGUUGCUCAACUUUCAGAAAAAGAAGAUCUGAAACAAAGUUGCUUGGACCUUGAAAGACAUUCAAUAGACGAAACAACCAAAGUGUCUGAUAUGAGCGGCAUUGAGCUCUAUGAUGAACUUUUACAUGUAAGUUCGAAUUUGGAUAAUAGAAACAAAAAAAACAUCACAGUCACACCAAAAGAACUAUUGCGUAAGGUCAAAACCACAAACAGUACAGAUUUGUUCCCAAAGUUGUGGGUCGCGCUAAUAGUGGUACUAACAAUACCCGUGACAGCUGCUAGUGCCCAACGAAGCUUUAGUAAACUUAAGCUUACAAAAACGUAUUUGCGCUCUACGAUGCUACAGGAAAGGCUGAACUCUCUCGCCAUUCUAUCGACGGAGAAUGGCACAGCAAAAUACUUAGACUUCAAAGAAAUUCUGAGAACAUUUGCUAAUGCGAAAGCCAGGCGAAUGCUUUUCAAAGUUUAA